AGGGAGCGCCGGCUGCAUGAAGACGCGGUAGCCACUGGGGAAACUACCACCACCGCCGCCACCACCUCCUCCUCCUCUUCCUCCCUUUCCUUCCUCCUCCACGCAAAGGCCCCUGCAUGUCUAACAUUUAGACAUGUUUAGCUUUGUGGAUUCAAGGACUCUAGCGCUCCUGGCAGCCACUCACGUCGUUUUAUUAGCAGUUGUCCAGUGUCAGGAUGCGGAUCUACACGAGGCAGGCAGCUGUGUACAGGAUGGGCAGAGGUAUAGUGAUAAAGAUGUGUGGAAACCUGAGCCCUGCCAGAUCUGUGUUUGUGACACGGGGACUAUCCUCUGCGACGACAUACUCUGCGAAGAACUGAGAGACUGUCCCAACCCUGAGAUACCCUUCGGAGAAUGUUGUCCCAUCUGCCCAACUGACCAGCCCGCCUCCAGUGGGCAACCUGGCCCCAAGGGACAAAAAGGGGAACCUGGUGAUAUUAAAGAUGUUGUAGGACCAAGAGGCCCCCCUGGACCACAGGGACCUUCCGGUGAGCAAGGACCAAGGGGAGAACGCGGAGACAAAGGGGAAAAGGGUGCUCCUGGCCCACGUGGUAGAGAUGGCGAACCUGGUACACCUGGCAAUCCUGGCCCUCCUGGACCCCCAGGUCCUCCGGGUCCCCCUGGCCUUGGUGGAAACUUUGCUGCUCAGAUGGCAGGAGGAUUUGACGAGAAAGCUGGUGGUGCUCAGAUGGGAGUCAUGCAAGGACCUAUGGGACCUAUGGGACCACGAGGCCCUCCAGGACCCCCAGGAUCUCCUGGCCCUCAAGGAUUUCAAGGCAGCCCUGGUGAACCUGGAGAACCUGGCACUAGUGGUCCAAUGGGUCCCCGUGGGCCACCUGGGCCACCUGGAAAACCUGGUGAUGAUGGUGAAGCAGGAAAACCUGGCAAAUCUGGAGAGCGUGGACCACCUGGACCGCAGGGUGCUCGAGGUUUCCCUGGGACCCCAGGUCUCCCUGGAGUGAAAGGACACAGAGGUUACCCUGGAUUGGAUGGUUCCAAGGGGGAAGCUGGUGCUGCAGGAGCUAAGGGUGAAGCUGGGUCUCCGGGUGAGAGUGGUUCUCCUGGUCCCAUGGGUCCUCGUGGUCUUCCGGGAGAGAGAGGACGUCCUGGUCCAUCCGGUGCUGCUGGUGCUCGUGGCAAUGAUGGUCUUCCUGGCCCAGCUGGCCCACCUGGACCUGUUGGCCCUGCUGGAGCUCCAGGUUUCCCCGGUGCACCAGGUGCAAAGGGUGAAGCUGGCCCCACUGGUGCUCGUGGCCCCGAGGGCGCUCAAGGAUCCCGAGGUGAAUCUGGAAGCCCCGGCUCACCUGGACCUGCGGGAGCUCCAGGCAACCCUGGAACUGACGGAAUCCCUGGUGCCAAAGGAUCAGCGGGUGCUCCUGGCAUUGCUGGCGCUCCUGGUUUUCCUGGCCCGCGUGGACCACCUGGACCUCAAGGGGCAACUGGGCCUUUGGGUCCCAAAGGCCAGUCGGGAGAACCCGGCAUCGCAGGCUUCAAAGGUGAACAGGGUCCCAAGGGCGAAUCCGGCCCUGCAGGCCCACAAGGCGCUCCUGGACCAGCAGGAGAAGAAGGCAAGAGAGGGGCUCGUGGUGAGCCAGGAGCUGCCGGACCACUUGGGCCACCUGGAGAGAGGGGUUCCCCUGGAAAUCGUGGUUUCCCAGGUCAAGAUGGAUUAGCUGGUCCCAAGGGCGCUCCUGGGGAACGUGGUCCUCCUGGCCUUGGGGGUCCCAAAGGAGCCACCGGAGAUCCUGGACGUCCGGGAGAGCCUGGCCUGCCUGGUGCUAGGGGUCUCACUGGUCGUCCUGGAGAUGCUGGUCCUCAAGGCAAAGUUGGCCCAUCUGGUGCCCCAGGAGAAGAUGGACGACCUGGCCCUCCUGGUCCACAAGGUGCUCGUGGUCAGCCUGGCGUGAUGGGUUUCCCAGGUCCUAAAGGUGCUAACGGUGAACCUGGCAAAGGUGGUGAGAAGGGACUUCCUGGUGCUCCUGGUCUACGUGGUCUUCCUGGUAAAGAUGGUGAAACAGGAGCGGCUGGGCCACCUGGACCUUCAGGUCCAGCAGGUGAGAGAGGCGAGCAGGGUGCCCCAGGACCUUCCGGAUUCCAGGGACUUCCAGGGCCCCCAGGCCCUCCAGGUGAAGGUGGAAAACCAGGUGACCAGGGUGUUCCAGGAGAGGCUGGAGCUUCAGGUCUGGUUGGCCCCCGGGGUGAACGUGGCUUCCCAGGUGAACGUGGAUCUCCAGGUGCCCAAGGCUUGCAGGGUCCUCGUGGACUGCCUGGAACUCCUGGUACUGAUGGACCCAAGGGUGCAACCGGUCCUUCUGGCGCCCCUGGAUCUCAAGGACCCCCAGGUCUGCAGGGAAUGCCCGGUGAGAGAGGAGCGGCUGGUAUUGCUGGACCAAAGGGAGACAGGGGUGAUGUUGGUGAGAAGGGCCCAGAAGGCGCACCUGGCAAGGACGGAGGCAGAGGUUUGACGGGUCCCAUUGGUCCUCCUGGUCCUUCUGGUCCCAAUGGUGAGAAGGGUGAAUCUGGCCCUCCUGGCCCAUCUGGUGCUGCAGGUGCCCGCGGUGCCCCCGGUGACCGUGGUGAACCAGGUGCUCCUGGCCCUGCUGGGUUUGCUGGCCCACCUGGUGCUGAUGGCCAACCUGGUGCUAAAGGCGAACAAGGAGAAUCUGGACAGAAGGGAGAUGCUGGGACCCCAGGCCCACAGGGACCAUCUGGUGCUCCUGGUCCACAAGGUCCAACUGGUGUGACUGGUCCAAAAGGAGCACGUGGAGCGCAGGGACCCCCGGGUGCCACUGGAUUCCCUGGUGCAGCAGGACGAGUUGGACCACCAGGCCCCAAUGGCAAUCCUGGUCCCCCAGGCCCACCAGGCUCUGCUGGUAAAGAUGGUCCCAAGGGUGCUCGUGGCGAUGCAGGCCCAACUGGGCGUGCCGGUGAUCAUGGUCUGCAAGGCCCUGCUGGCCCCCCAGGCGAGAAGGGAGAAUCUGGAGAAGAUGGCCCCCCUGGUGCUGAUGGCCCCCCUGGUCCUCAAGGUUUGGCGGGGCAGAGAGGUAUUGUUGGUCUCCCUGGUCAGCGUGGCGAGAGAGGAUUCCCUGGUCUGCCUGGUCCUUCUGGUGAGCCUGGCAAACAGGGUGCUUCUGGAGGUCCUGGAGACAGAGGCCCACCUGGCCCAGUUGGUCCACCUGGUCUGACUGGUCCCUCCGGCGAACCUGGACGGGAGGGUAACCCUGGUUCAGAUGGUCCCCCAGGCAGAGAUGGUUCUCCUGGAGUGAAGGGUGAUCGUGGUGAGACGGGUCCUCUCGGUUCUCCCGGUGCUCCUGGCCCACCUGGCUCUCCAGGUCCUGUUGGUCCAACUGGCAAGCAAGGAGACAGAGGCGAAUCAGGUGCUCAAGGCCCAUUGGGUCCUCCCGGUCCUGCAGGGGCACGUGGCAUGCCUGGUCCACAAGGUCCUCGUGGGGACAAGGGUGAAGCUGGUGAGUCAGGAGAACGAGGCUUGAAGGGUCACCGAGGAUUCACCGGCCUGCAGGGUCUCCCUGGACCUCCUGGUCCUUCUGGAGAUCAAGGUGCUGCCGGUCCUGCUGGUCCUUCUGGUCCCAGGGGUCCCCCAGGUCCUGUUGGCCCCUCUGGCAAAGAUGGUUCUAAUGGAAUGCCUGGCCCCAUUGGCCCUCCUGGUCCUCGUGGUCGCAGUGGAGAAACUGGUCCUGCUGGUCCUCCUGGAAACCCUGGACCUCCAGGCCCUCCUGGUCCACCUGGGCCCGGUAUUGACAUGUCAGCCUUUGCUGGCCUGGGCCAGACUGAGAAAGGCCCCGACCCUCUGCGCUACAUGCGAUCUGAUCAGGCUUCUGGCAACCUGCGGCAGCACGAUGUUGAGGUUGACGCUACCUUGAAAUCACUCAACAACCAGAUCGAAAGCAUCCGAAGUCCCGAGGGCUCUAAGAAGAACCCAGCCCGGACUUGCCGCGACUUGAAACUCUGCCACCCAGAAUGGAAGAGCGGUGACUACUGGAUUGACCCCAACCAGGGCUGUACUUUGGAUGCCAUAAAAGUUUUCUGCAAUAUGGAGACUGGUGAGACGUGUGUCUACCCCAAGCCUAGCAGCAUCCCCAGGAAGAACUGGUGGACAAGCAAGAGCAAGGAGAAGAAGCACAUCUGGUUUGGAGAGACCAUCAAUGGUGGUUUCCAUUUUAGCUAUGGAGAUGACAACCUGGCUCCCAACACUGCCAACAUCCAGAUGACCUUCCUGCGCCUCUUGUCUACUGAAGGCUCGCAAAACCUCACCUACCACUGCAAGAACAGCAUUGCCUACAUGGACGAGGCUACUGGCAAUCUUAAGAAAGCUCUCCUGAUUCAGGGGUCCAACGAUGUGGAAAUCAGACCUGAAGGAAACAGCAGGUUCACAUACAGUGCCUUGCAGGAUGGAUGCACGAAACACACUGGCAAAUGGGGGAAGACAAUCAUUGAAUACAGAUCUCAGAAGACCUCACGCCUGCCCAUUGUCGACAUCGCACCUAUGGACAUUGGUGGAGCCGAUCAGGAAUUUGGUGUUGACAUUGGCCCCGUGUGCUUUUUGUAAAAAAUGAAACACAAAUUUUUUUAAAAAUAUUUUUUUAAAAAACCAGUCCAGUACCAUGCAAAAAAAGAAGAGAGCCAACCCAAAGGACCCAAGUACUCCCCAAUCACUUGUAGGACUUUCUGCACUGAACAGUUGAACCAAACUCUCUUCCUUUCUUCCCAGAAUGCCACCCCUCCACACACACACACACACACUUUGGACUCUUUCUAUAAGGCCACCGUCACGUGGGCCAACCAUGAAGCAAGCAAAGGAAAAAACAAAUGAAAAGGAACAACGAGCAAUAGUAUUAUUUAUUUAUUGUCUUCCUGUAAGGUCUUUCUUGGGUCAGGCGGAGGUAGGAAGUUAACUAGCAUGCAUGAAGGGCCCUCUCCUACAAGACAUUGAUGUCCCCCAAAUACAGGUUGUAGCCAAUUCUUUCCCCUCCACCCUCGGUUGGGUGUGUAUCACAAGCAAGAUUACUGUGUAUAAUACUAAAGAUGGUGCUAUUAUUGUAAAACAAGUCUGUAUUUUUUAACAUCAAUUGAUAUAAAAACCUACGUUGGAAAGUACAA